CUUAGAGCAUCGUUGAUUUCGCAUGACACAACGGACUGCCCCUUUAGAGGUUGACGCCCCGAAAUCUAUCUUAUACCUAUGCUGAUGAGUUGGCAUGUUGCACUUAGUAACCGGUAGCAACGGGCAGCGUUCAUCAGAUGCGCUCAACCAGCUUGCUUCGUUCUGGACGAAGUAGGCAAGUCGUUACAGCGAACGCCUGUAAUCCGUCUUCAUGUUCUAAGCUUGGUCCUGUAGUAGGGCCGCUACGUAAGAAUAUACGUUCUCUGCGGCGAACGGCGUUACGUGCGGGUGGUUGGUGGAACGGCGUCAUGGCCAGCUCAGGAGGCUUACCGGAGGCAGGCGACACAGCAGCUCGUGUAACGACCAGCAGCAAUAGAAGAAAAGUAAAGCGUACACCAGUGAUCUUGAACAAUCCAUGCAAGCCAUCGGGAGAGCACUUCAAGGUUCUGCAAUGGAACGUGCUCGCGGACGGAUUAGCGCAGAAUGGGGACUUCUGCCGGGUCCCACCAGGGUGCCUGGAAUGGGAGUACCGGAAGCCUCUACUGCUGCAAGAAAUCCUAGAAGCUGACGCGGACAUCAUAUGCUUGCAGGAGCUGAACCACUUCGACGAGCUGCGCCAGGCUCUCAGCGAACUGGGCUACGACGGCGCCUUCCGCGCCAAACAUGCCUCCCCCGCGCUCAAAUACGAGUACCCGCCGGACGGCAUGGCGGUGUUCUACCGCCGUACCCGCUUCGCUGCAUGCGGAGAUGAGGGCCGCUCCUUCCAGGACCGCUCCACGGGCCGCGAGCAGUCGCAGGGCUUCCUGCAGCUGCUGCUGCGCGAUCUGCGGGUGGGGCGGCCGCUGCUGGUGGUCACCACGCACCUGAAGGCCAAGGAGGGGGACGCGUGCGAGGAUGUGAGGCUGCAGCAGGCCCGGCAGUUGCUGGGGCACAUCUCGGACACCCUGGAGCGAUUGCAGCAGCAGGCGGGGCAGCAGCAGCAGGCGGGGCAGCAGCAGCAGGCGGGGCAGGCAGGGGAGCUAGGGCAGCUGGGAGGGCAGGCGAGUCAGGGGCAGCCCGGUCAGGUAGGGCUGGGGCUCGGGCAGCCGGCAUGUCCGGUGGAGCAGCUGGCGUGCCGGCAGGGACAGCCGCUAUGUCCGCUGGGGCAGCAGAAGCAGGGG